AUGUCGUCGCGCUCGAGCAGGAGCCACAGCUUCAGCAGCGACAAGACACCCUCUCUGGCCUCAUCCGUCACCUUCCAGAUGCCCGCCACGGUCCGACCCGCGCCUGCCUACAUCGCCGCAUCCGUGGCUUCACAGACCGUCACCGAUCACCACAAUGCGCAGCUGCGCGACCAAGACGCCGAUACGGACGAGCUGCAAAACGCCAUAUUUUCCGAACAGGCACUGGCCCUCCUCAAUGCCUUCCUCGACCACCUGCUCUUCGCCUUCCUCUCGUCUGCGCGGUCGCCCGCCCUGGCUGCCAUCCGACCCGCCGUGUCCGACGUGCUCAAGCCGCGACUGGCCCGCGACGCCAUCGAGGCCGCGGAUGAGGAGCUCCAGGGCCUCUUGGCGGGAGAAGACGACGAGGACAUGUCCACGGAGCAUGCCAAGCAAAUGGACAGAUGGGACGUGGAGAAGGUAUGGAAGCGCACGCGUCUGCGCAUCAUGGUCUACACGCGCCUGGGCGAGCUCGAGGACGAGGACGAGGAGCGCUAUGUGCAACAGGAGCGCGGUCUGAGCAUGGACGAAGACGAGGACGACGAGGCUGGUCUUGUCGCCUGGGCGUCGGCCAUCUUCCUCACCUCGGUUGUUGAAUACGUCGCUGAGCAGUUGCUGCUUGUCGCAGGCUCGGCUGCCUUUGCGCGCAUGGCUGCGAGGAUGAAGAAGCUCGCGCAGCAAGCCGACGACCAUGCCGAGCAACAGCCCAUCGAGCGGCUGGUCAUUGAAGAGCCAGACGUAGAAAAGAUUGCCCUCAACUCGGCCCUCGGCCGCCUCUGGAGAACGUGGAGGAAACGCGUGCGAUCGCCUACUUCGCCCAUCUCCCCUGGCCGAGGCGUCCAUGCUGCUUCGAGCUACUCGAGCCUACACCACCGCAGAGCCAGUCGCGAGACCAUCAACACCUUGCAUAGCGAGCACGAGAUCCGCGAGCACGAGACGCUGCCCGAGCAUCCUCCUACCGAAACCGAUAUCGCCGCUAAUAUACCCCUUCCCAUGCGCGACAACGAUGUCAACGAGAUCGAGGUGCCUGGCCUGGCGCCCCCAUAUGGGGAUGAGGGAGAGAGAGAGGGCACGCAGACGCCUGUUCAGCGGCCGAUGAGGCCGUCUAGUGUGCUUGUGCUGUCCCAGGGAGGAUUCGGGGAUGGGGGGAAGAAGGCGAGGCCCAUGAGUAUGCCGAUGCGUCCUGCGGGAACUUUCAUGCCGUCUACGUACUAUGGUUAUGAAGAGCCUACGGGGGAUGAAGAGGAACCUACGCAUGAUGGAGAAGAGUCUACACACGAUACCGAGCGAGGAACCCCCUCCCAAGCGACCGAGGAAACCACACCACAGACCACACAAGAAACUACACUAGACAACAUGUCUCAGCAACGCGAUUUGGUAGACAGUCGGGAAGACGAGUCGCCUGAACCCGACGCCUCAAUGGUAGCAUUCGCAGCAGCUACGGGCAUGGGUUUCCGUCGAAGCGCAAUCGGACAAUCAGCGACGAAGGAACCUGAAACUGAGCCGACCCAUCAGGUCAUGAGGUCCAAGAGGAUGUCCAUUGAGCGAGCCGGUAAACCUGGACUAGUCCGUACCUUUUCUACGCGCAGCUCGAGUCUCAAAUCACCUGUUGGUACGCCGUUGGCUACACCGAAGGUGACUGGUAAUGCUGAGGGACGAAGUUAUCUUGACGAUGAUGAGGACGAUGAGGAGCCAGAACAUCGAGCUAUCGGUGUGGCGAGGACAAGCGAUAAUGUCAUUAGGUCCGCGUCGAAUUCCCCUGGAGAUUCACCUCACGAAAGGAAUAAGAGGCCCGGGAGUGGAGGGUACGUUGAAGUGCCGCCGAGAAACUUCACGCCGACAAGUCUCACGUAUCGGAACACGCCUUCGCCUGAUGGGAAACCUACGGUGCCGGAGCGUGCCGUUGAACGUAAACAAGCCAACCGAAGAUCACUCAACGGUGCGGAACUCGUGUUGGGCCCAGGGAUGGGUGGGGGAGGUGGAGGUCUCUCACGUCAGUCGCCUGGAGGAGAGGCGGUCGCCACAUACGACAGCCAAGGUCCUACGAGUGCACCCAGGAGACAAGAGGCUCGUUCAGUAUCACGUGGUUCGUCGCUGCCAGCUUUGCAAGAAGUCGAGAGCAACACUACCCAGCACCGCGGCAAAACUCCUUCCAUCCAGACCAGUCGCAGUGUGCGUACUGCAGACAGCUCCAGGCGUAGCCCUACGUCUGCGACUGACACAUCCGAGAAACGACCACAUCGCAUGUCCGCGGACGAUUCGACACGUCCAGCUGAUAAGUCGUCCUCGGAUAAUUCUUCGUUGAAGCGUGGUGCUAGUACCUCUUCUUCUAUUCGAAAAGGUGCUUAUCCCAUUACGUCCAGCGGACGAGACUCGAGCGCCAGCCAUCGCUCCAGAGGUCUGAGUGCAAGUGGCUUGAGCGGACGUAUGUCUGAGGAAGACCGAGCGCGCGAGUUCGAUUCGCUGGUCAAGGGGCAGGACACGGUCAAGUUUACGUUGACGCCUGAAAGUGUACGAACUACUAAUGAGUCCCCCGUCUUGAAGAAGACGGAACCACGCAAAUCUUCAGCCUCUUCUGCCUCCGUGACAGUCUACCCUCGGACCGACGCCUCUGACAAAAGCUUUGGCACAGCCAACCUGCCCAACACUACAGCACCAAGGGCAAAAGGACCGACCACUGCCUCUUCUCACAAACCCUCACCCAGCCGUAAGGUAGUCACCAGACCUCUCGCUCGAGACCCCAAGAUCGAGUCGGAAUCCAUGCGCGACUUUGCAGACUUUAUCCGUUCCACUGGUCCCUCCCCUGGCCAAGAGAAGCCCAUCCAGCCCUUUGUCAACAUUAGCAAUAACGGCCAGAAAUCAGGCAACCAUUCGACUUCCUCUCUCGGACGCAAGAUGUCAACUUCCAGGCAAUCUGGUAAUGCGAACAAUACUCCAGCUACGCGCACGCGACCCAACAUGGAACCCCGCUCUCCAGCUGGCCUGUCUACAGGAAACGGUGACUUGAUCGAUUUUAUCAGACAGGGCCCGCCAGACGCAAACCACAAACAACCAAGGAUACCGAAGAAUAUCGCCCCGUUCCGGACGACUGUUGAUAGCGACACUUUUGAUACUAUGCUCGGGGGACAUGGAGGCGUGGAGACGGAGUCAGCGUAUGGCUCUGCGGCUAGUACGCUUGAGAGCAAGGACAGCACGGCGACGAUUAAUAGCCGGACUGGUCUUAUCCCGAGUCCUAGUGUGGUUCAGCCUGCGUAUUCGGGAGGGCCGGGGCAACUCAGCGGCAGCAUGUCCGGCGGGGGAGAUGCAAUGGAGGGCAUCACCAAGACGAGACGGCGUAUCAAGGAUCCGUACGCCAUUGAUUUGAGCGACGAAGACGACGAUGAGGACGACGACGAGGACGAAGACCAACUCACGGCGCUGCCUACGCCCACUGGGAACCACCAACCCGAACGACAACUGCUGCAACAACAACCAGCACAAAGACAAGCGGCUCCUCCUCGGCAGAGGGAGGAGAGCCUAAUGGACUUUUUAAACGGCAUGGAUCCCCCUGGAGGCGCGUCGUCGGCUAAACCCCAGCCUUUCCUGCUUAGUGAAGAGACUAUUGCUGCGGCGAGGGCGAGGGCGGCUGCAGGCCAAAAUGGUUCCAAUCCCUCGUCUUCUAACUUGCCUGCUUCUCGCAAUGGUAAUGGUACUGCACCAUCUCCUUCAACGAAUAAACCUAGGCUGCAAGCCCGUGCCCCUGCUGUUGUGGGAGAUGCAAGGACGGGUAUGGGCGCUAUGGGUGGCGGUGGCAGUAGGACUGCGACGUCUGACUUAGCGGAUUUCUUGAAGAAUUCGGGCCCGCCUGAGCCCGUGGUGCAGACGAGGAGGGAAGAGGUGCCGGAGAAGAAGAAGAGGUUUUGGCAGAGGGGGAAGAGUAGUGGGAAGACUUAUGGGGAUUUGCCGUAG